AUGUCUGAUUAUAUGCAUGAUGAUGAUGCACUUUCUUCAACUGAUAGAGGGUCACCUAGAGAUGUAGAACUAUCUAUAGGUAUUACAGUUAAAUAUUUACAUAAUUCUUUAACUGGAAAUAUGCUUGGUCAUCUUUGGACCAAACAUAGAAUUGAUAAAGACUAUUCUGAGAGAAUAGAUACUAAAUUACGAAAAGCAAUUGAUUAUCUUGCUCUUAUGCUACUAUUAGAGUAUGAAUGUUGUGACCAACUUGAUGAUGAAUAUUUGAAGUUAAUAAAUCUAACAACUAAUGAAUGGCAAUUAUUGGAUGAUCUCAUCUUAUUACUAAAGCCAUUCUAUGAAGCUACUACUGUAUUUUUUGGCUCAACUUAUUCUACACUCAAUCUCAUUUAUCCAACAAUAAAACUACUUAUUAAAAAGUUUAUGCCUUCUGAUGGACAAACUAAAGAGGAUUAUACUGAUUUAUUAUUUGAAUCUAGGGAACAAACAAAUAACCAAAGUCAACUAAUUGAUGAAGAGAAUUCUGAUGAAGAUUCUGAUGAAUCAGAUAUAGAUGAAUCUAAUACUUAUAAGCAAUAUAAAGAUCCACAGUUUAAAGAUCGUCAUUCAGUAGUAUCACCUGUUAAUACUAAAGAAUUAUAUUAUGUAGUUAAGGUUACAAUUCAAGUUUCAAAAAAUGAUGAACUUGCCAAGUCAUCUAAUAUGUCAACUUCUAAACCUACAGUAACCAGUGAUUUAAUGGCAGAUUUAUAUGGUAAUGAAGAAUCGGAUGAAAUAAUUGAAGAGUCUGAA